AUGAAGCUGACAACCUUCCUCGCUGCGCUCUCGCUCUCCUCAUUCGCGGCCGCAGCGCCAGUCCCUGUCUCGGGCAACGCUCCUCGAGGACUUCUUCCAUCCCCCGGCGCUUUGAUCGAAAAGAUGUUUCCACACUCGGGUGUGCCUCAACUUGUGGGGAAGGUGGAUAAAGCGACAGGAAUUUGUACGUGCUGCGCUGUUCUGUACCGUGUCAUGAGACAUUUGAAAAGAAAUGACGAGUAUAAAGGGGAUAUGAAAGAACAAGAAGAGGCCACUCUAGUUGCAGACAGGAGGUGGCGAGACAAUGAUCAAGUUCUUGAUCUGAGAUUGAUACCUGGAGAAUCUUCAAGCGAAAACGAUAUUGAGGCGGAGAUGAAAGUAUAG